AUGCGUCUGCGCCUACUGAUCCAGCGACAUUCGCUGCCUUCCGUUCAGAUCGUCUAUACCACAGGAACCGGCCCUGCAUCCCGUACGAAAUCACGCGACAGUACCAUCGCAGACCUCCUCCACGAUGUCAACGAUCUAGUACCACUCGAGUCGGCCGACGGCGAGUGGGGGCUGGAGGACUAUGUCGUGGAAGUCGUCCCGGCUUUCGACAAAUCUGCCGCGUACGAGUGUCUGCAUUUCCAAACCUGCGAGGCAGUUUUGAGAGAAGAUGAUGAGGUGGUCAUCCGGGCUCUGUCGUCGGAAGAGCUGAGAAUUAGGAGACUCGGUGGGAGACAUCAGAUCUCAGGGGAUGGGAAACAUCUAAUUGAUGGUGUUGCGUUUGGGAAACAGUGGUUGCGGAAGGCCAGGAGGCCGGGCAUCGUCAUUCCGCCGAGGAAGAGGAGAAGGAUGUUGGCUGCACAGCAUGACGAUGAAGACGACGAGGAUGAAGAGCGAGUCAGACAAAUUCUUGCUGCGGAUGAGGGUUAUUACCCAGGCGCAAUGGUUCCUGCUGCUGCAAAUGACGAAGAGGAGAAUGAAGACGAUGAAGACGAUGAGGAUUAUGUCGACAAUCCACUUCAAAUUGCUGUCAGGGCAGAUUUCGACGAUGCAGACUCGGAAUCAGCCGAAGAUCCCGGACUCUCCGAUACAGAUUUGCAGGACGAAGAUCUGUCGGAUGAAGUCAAGCUUCUCUUGAAAGAGGCUGCGGAGAUCCAGAAGGCUGCUAGUGGUGCUGUGGCGCGGGACCUUGUGGGAAACCACUUGAAGAGAAAGAGAGAGGUUGAUGAUGAAGGCGAGGAUCACGAAAGCAUUACUUUCGAGGGCUUUUCGACGCCGGUCAAGGCUGCCAAACACGUUCCUGUCAACGAGGACGAGGCUGAGAGUGAAAGUGAGGAUGAUUCAGGUACCGACGGCGACGGUGACAGCAUGAUGCGGGAGAUUACAGACCACGUGGCUGAGAAGCGUGCAAAGAACAUUAUUGCGGAAGAUGAGGACGACGAGGAUGAGGUCGAUGAAGACGUCCAAGAUAUGUCUGACUCUGAUGAUUCCUCGAGCUCUGAAUCUUCUGCUGCCGACUCUGCCACAGACAGCAUGGUAGAAGAACUUGCUAUGCAGGAGGCGAAGAAACGGGCUCUGAAUCUGAUCGAAGCCUCGGAUACAUCGUCUGACAGCUCCGAAUAUGCGGAAUCAAGCUCUGAGGACAAGGCCGACAUCGACGUGGAGGAGAUUUCGAGCUCUGGAUCAGACUCAGAUUCAGGCUGGGAUUCAGAAUCGGAUUCGGACGAUGAGAGCGACUCCGAGUCUGAAACGUCAUCUAGCUCAUCCGAAUCCGAAUCAGAGGCAGAUUCCGAGGUGGACAAGGGGAAGAAAGGCCUGAAAACCCCCUCCACAGCCAACCCCGGUACUUCUGGUCUCCAGCCUCCAACGUUCAGCUCAGAAAAUACGCCUAAGCCGGCCACAGUCCCACCCGGUUCUGGAACUGGGAGGACGCACACCAACAACAGCAGAGCUAGAAAGAGGAGGAGACUGAAUUUUCUCAAAGAGCAAGGUUUAUUGCCCAAGGAAGCCGAUUUUCGGGCGUUGGCCGCGUAUGACGAAGCGCAACAGAACAGUGGAACGGAGCAAGCCGGGUUUGCAGAGCAAGAGCAGGCCGCUGCGGGUGGUCAACAGCCAGAAAUCUUGAGUGACGACCAAGAGAAGGUGACGGCCGUGGCAGUGAACGUAGUCACCCGACCUGAGUCUAAAGCAGAGGCUCCUGGAGACCUGACUGCAGACAAAGAGGCUGUCGCAGCAUCUUCAGCUGGAGAGCCGAAGAUAUCACAACCAGAAAUACAGGCCGAGACGGAGCCUGCACCGAAGAGAGCCAGACUAGACUUGGCCAGUUCUCGACGAAUGCUGUUCUCAUCCCUGGGACUGAGGACACCCAAGACUCCAGAGGCAGAACAGGCCUUGAGGGAGAAACUAUCCAAGUCUAUCCGUCCUCUCAGAGAACCAAGUGCUGCCUCUGCUGAAAGCGCUCUGCCGUUGCCGGAAACUGAGACAGUCGCCGAGUUUGAUGAUUCCUGGAAGGACAAGCUUGUCAUUGCCGCUGUAGAAUGUGAGGAGCAAGGCGGUGUCUUGACCCCACCACCGUUUCCUUUCCAACAGCGCUGGACCAAGACUUCUACCGAGAAUGUCACCAAGAGUAAGCGUCGUGCUCGAGAUCAAGCUCAGUACUAUGAAGACAAUCAAGCUCCGCCGCAGGAAGACCAGGAGGAUGCUUUUGCACCCGAUGUAUCGAUGUUGGCCUCGGCAGAUGGUCAACAAUCCAAGGUUGUGGAUGGCACCAACUCUGCUGAGGAAAACCUUGAGGGUUCGGACGACAUACCCCUUCCCACCAAUUUUGACAUUCUACCCGAUCUUGACCAGGCCAGCGUUGUGCCAGGAGUCGUCAUUGCCUACAGGGAACUUCACGUUGAUGCUUCGACAAAUUAUCAGCCUGAGAUUUCGUCAUUUCGAGUUGGCCGUGUCUCUGAAAUGGGCGAUGAUGGAAGCGUCUACCUAACUCUGGCCAAGUCCUGCCUGGAACCUUCUUCUAAGAUGAAGUACGACGAGGAAACCGGAGAGAGAGUCUACGGCAAGUUCGAAAUCCCGUCCGAGGAUGCCGAAUCCGAACCUGAUGACGGGACUCGUGAAGUAUCUUUUUCCAGCAUGAUUUCGCCGAAGCUCGUGCAGCCGUCUUCGGUUGAGGUGCCGGGUAGUAACCACAGUAGUGGGCUCAGGGGUGGAGAUGCAUCGGAUUCGUACCCGGACCAACAAUAUGCAGCUAUACCGGAGACUGUUCAACAAGAGGUGGUGUCGUCGAAGCCGGGCGACUCUCAAAUACCUUUUGUCGAAAUUGCAACGCCGCGUAGAAACGAGAUAUCAGAUAUUAUCAAAGAAGCCGGAUUCAACUCAGCGUUGGACGAGGAACUACUGCAGCCUGAUCCGAUAUCUUCAGAUCAACAUGAGACAGAUGGGGACUCUCCUGAUCUGCAAAACCGGUCUCAGGAAGAGUACCCUCAUCGAUUUCGAAAAGAAUCACCCCGCCUCAAUGACUCUCAAUCAUACAACGUGGCCUCUUCCGAGAUGGAGGAUAGCGCCUACGUUCAAGCUGAUCAUGCCUCUGUGGGCUCGGCACCCGAACAGCCAUCAUCGCCAUUCGUCCAUACCGCAGAGACGGUGGAAUAUCCUCAUAUCUCUCAGAUCGAAAUCAACUCUUCUGGACCGCCUCUGACCAUAAACAGUAGCUCUCAUCAGGACGCGCAGAAGAACUCCCCAACCCCUGCCGUUGAGUUGUCAUUCACAGCCUUGGAUCGGAAUGACUCGGGUGAUGAGGCAGAUCACGAAACCACUGAAUUGGCCGACCAUGCUGAAUAUGAAGACUCCAAUCAACGACGGGCUUCAUCAGAGCCACUAGGGUCAGAUGUCCCACAGUCCCAAUCCCAGGCAGCCUCCUUCGAAUCCUUCGAAGAGGAGGCUGAACAACAUGACUUGGACAGAGGAGAUUCUUUUUUAGAUCAUGGCUACGCUGGUCACGAUUCUUCGUACCAUGAUGACGACGGUUGCAGUGAAGAUGACAGCGAUGAUCUCCCUUCUCUGCUGGAUAUAACUUCAGGCCGCUCACAUGCGAAAGGUACCAAGCUGCGCUCGAGCAAGGUGCCGCCGCCCCCAACGAGAAGGUCGGCGCGGACCUCAAAGAAGACACAAAGCUCGACUCCACCAAGCAGUCCUGACCCGCCGCCGUCGAGCCAACCAGAAAUCAAAUUGUCGCAGAGCCAAUAUGCAACUCGGCUCUCGCAGGUGCCUGCUGGAUCUCAAGUUAUUGACUUGACCUUUUCCAGCAGUCCCCCAGGAGAUGACGAAGAUUCCGACAUUUACAGAAAGAAGGGCUCGUCUCAGGCGAACGGCAAUAAAACAACGACUUCGAGGGAAGCGAAGCAGGAGAAUGGAUUAGGAAAACGAAGGCUGCUGACCACGAAAAAGAGGAGAAGCUAUUACUAG